CAAGACAGCACUCCAACUCUGCAUUCACAGUGUAUAUGUGUGAGAGUGUGUGAAACCAUUUGCAUGUUUUGAUGGUGUUGAUGAGCCGCUUUAUGACCUUACGACCUUCAUAUUGAUGACGGGCACCAUGAUGCGGAGUAUGGACGCAAGGGAAACGGAGAUCGACCUGAGGGAUGCAGGGGAUGGAGAGGACGACGAGGGACAACAGACGUGGAAGACCCAGCUGGAAACUGUCCUGGAGGAAGAGGAAGAAGAAGAUCUGAUCUCUACACAGAGCGACACCAGGCCUCUUAUCAAUGAACGGGACCCGAGACAAAUAAAUGAGUGUCUUAAGGUUAGUUUUGAGGAUGUGAUAGCAGAGCCAGUGUCGGUGCGCAGUGGGGAUCGGGUGUGGAUCUGGAGUCACGCUCUUUUCGAGGUAUCCAGGGUCUGGUUUUAUCGUAUCAUCACGGCUCUGCUGGCUGUUCCAGUGUCCCUCCUCGCUGGGAUCAUCUUCGCCAUCCUCAGCUUUGUUCACAUCUGGUUCUUUACGCCAUGUGUGCAGGUUGUCUUAAUAAACACCGGGUGGUUGCAAACAUUAUGGAGCAGCGUUUUAGACAUAAUCAUCCUACCGUUCUUCCAAAGCGUUGCCAAAUGCUGCAACGGGAUUAGUGUCGUUCUCUCACGGGAAUGAGAAACAUUUGCUGGAAUCUGCUGAAUCGAUUCAAAUGGAAAUUCACAUUGAACUUUUGGGCAGAUGUGUGGCCAUCUGACUCCUGGUGCAUGUCAAGGGGGACCAUGCCCAAAUGCUAAGCGUAAUGAAUGUUAACUCGCUGCCAAAGACUGAGAGGAAGCGAACAUUUGGAAAUGCAUGAAGUUUGCGUAUGUUUUUAAAGGGAUAGUUCACUCAAAAAUGGGGAUUCUGUCAUUUACUCACCCUCAAGUUCAAAACCAAUGUGAUUUUCUUUCUUCUGUGGAACACGAAUAUGCUUUACAGUGCUUUUUAUAUCACCUUUUUCAUAGGUCGUACAGGUUUGCAAUGACAUGAGGGUGAGUAAAUGAUGACAGGAUUUGCAACUUUCAAAAAAGUAACCCUGUGUGUUUUCUACGGACUUUAUCAAUGUUUCUUUUUGUUGAUUAAUUUCUUAAUUUCCCACUGAAGGUGCCAUAAAAUGCGUUUGCAGCUGGUAUAGUCGUGCUAUUCUGCCUUUUGGCUAAUGAUUAUGGAAAAAAUACUGCUAUUAACAUCUGUUGUGUGUUUUCGUGACCUGUUUUGCAUUGCAUUGAGGACACAUUGUGUUCUUUGAAGUAUUCUCGAAGCUCUUUCAUUUGAAAAAUAACCAAUUGUUCUCACUCUUCAUAUGCUAAUUAUGAGGCCACCAAAAUAAUAAUAUCAACUGAUGCGGUUAUAUAACGCCCUCUGCUGUAAAUGACCAACCUGCCAGUCAUUUUAAUCUGAUUAUCUACAUUCUAGCACACCCUAGUGUUGAAAAGAUCAGAUCUUCUUAAUGCCAUGUGCUUCACAUCUUAAAAUGACAUUUGUAAGCAUAUGCAAAAUCUCUGAUGGUCUUAAAGUGGCAGUUCACUCCAGAAACUCUGGUCAUUUAAAUGUAUUCAGAAUUGUCGUUUUUAGGUGAACUGUCCCUUUAAUUCAAACUCCAGUAGAGUUUAGGGUACAGAUACAUCAUGGGUCUAUAAAUAAUGGCAAUCAAAUGGGUGUGUCUGACUUUGUAACUUGGCAAAGGGAAACACAAACAUGGCCAGACACAUCCCCUGAGAAUGUGUAGAUGCUAAAAAUGGUCUAACAUAUCAGUAUGUUUCAUUGGAUAUCUAAAACACUAGUUAAAAAGCAGAUUUUGGCAAUCAUGUACAGAACGUCAACCUUUAUUUUCAUAUCAGGAAGAC